AUUGAGGCCGAAGUUCCUUCCUUCUUCUUAAUUAGUUGUAUACAUCGCAACUGUGAGAGAGAGAGAGAGAGAGCCGCCAUUAUUGGCUUCCUUAAUCCAGUGAAGCAUUUCCCCCCUCCCUGAGCUUCCUUCUUCAUCCUUCUCCGAUCUUGACGGUUUCACACUUCGCUCUCCGAUUUCUCGAUUCUUCUAGAUUUCUUCCCAAUUUCAAAGGGUUUACCAAUUUCUCAUACCACGACUUCUUCCCUCACCUCGCUUUCAUGGACUUUCUCUAAUUCCAAACGAGCCAUACACCUGAAGCGUUGGGAGAAUAAUUGCCGCUGCUGAUUCCGAUCAGGGUGUUAAGAAUGGCGGAAUCGGUGCCAAUCUACCUGAGCAUUAUUGCGUUUCUCUGCACUUGUGGAGCCAUUGCCUUGGCCGUUAUACACAUCUACAGGCACCUCAUGAAUUACACGGAGCCGACAUAUCAGCGUUACAUUGUUCGCAUCAUUUUUAUGGUUCCGGUAUACGCGUUAAUGUCUUUCUUAUCCCUUGUUAUACCUGCGGGCUCCAUCUACUUUAGUUCCAUCCGGGAAGUCUAUGAAGCUUGGGUCAUUUACAAUUUUCUAUCGCUGUGUUUAGCAUGGGUUGGUGGCCCAGGGUCUGUCGUGAUAAGUUUAACCGGUAGGGUUAUAAAGCCUUCGUGGGCUCUGAUGACGUGCUGCUUCCCUCCCAUACCCCUGGACGGGCGUUUUAUACGUAGAUGCAAGCAAGGUUGUUUGCAGUUUGUGAUUCUGAAGCCUGCAUUAGCUGCCAUUACUCUUAUACUUUACGCAAAAGGGAAAUAUGCAGAUGGAAACUUCAGUCCAAACCAGUCAUACCUGUAUCUCACCAUGAUCUAUACAGUCUCAUACUCGAUGGCUCUUUACGCGCUGGCAUUGUUCUAUGUGGCUUGUAGAGAUCUGCUUCAGCCUUUCAAUCCUGUUCCAAAGUUUAUCAUAAUCAAGUCUGUCGUUUUCCUUACUUAUUGGCAGGGUGUGUUGGUUUUCCUUGCUGCAAAGACUGGGUUAAUAAAGAAUGCAGCAGAUGCGGCUGAAUAUCAAAAUUUCAUAAUAUGCGUGGAGAUGCUACUGGCUGCUGUCGGUCAUCUAUAUGCAUUUCCAUACAAGGAGUAUGCUGGUGCAAAUAUUGGUGCCUCUGGAGAUCUCACUGGAAGCCUUGCUCAUGCUGUAAAAUUGAAUGAUUUUUACCAUGAUACUGUCCACCAGUUUGCCCCGACUUACCAUGAUUAUGUACUCUACAACUCUGCUGAGGGUGAUGAGGGAAAAAGAAAGUAUCGAUCACGCACAUUUGUGCCGACUGGUCCAGAGAUGGAUGCUGUCAGAAGGAACAAGAACAUCUUUGGCAACAACAAACUAGAUGAAAUACAGCUUUCCAGUCUCUCAUCUUCUAGUUCAAGCACACCCGAUACUUCUGGCCGCAUGCCUGUGCCUGUGCCUCCUCCAAAUGCAGAUGCAAUGAAAUCUUCCCUGCUGGUUGAUACCUCAAAUUCCGCCUUAGUGCCAUAUGACAUGUCACUUAUUGACUUGGACUUGUCCAGUUACCCUACAAAGGUCACUCCAGCAAAUGAAGGCACUAGGUGACUAGAAAACUGUGAUAGACAGAUUUGAAGUUCUCCCUAGGAAAGAAGUGUUCAAGGGUUUUGGGGCCUUUGGGAAAGCCUCAUGUGCUUAAUCGUGUGGUGAUACUGGUGUCAGUAUACCUCUCUUCAGUUUUAUGAACUGUAGUCACAAAUAUUAGGCGUCCCACUGAAAGCUGUUCCAAUGGCCUGUUAGUUCAGUGAGCAUUGUAGAUAUGGAGUCUAAUUGCUAUACUUGUUAGAUCACAGUAGGGAACAUGAAAGCAAAUCUAUUUCCCCCCUUUGUUUCACAUUAAAGAGUGCCCAAUUGGAUUUCAUCAGCUUGAUACAAGUUAUUUUCGAGUCACGAUUUGGUCAGUUUGUAAUCUACACUAUAUCAAGCAAUAGAACUUCACACUAGAAGCAUAGGAAGGUGAUGUGUUUUCUGCUA